AGUACCCAUACACCAACUAUUCGUAAACAGUAUUCCAAGAUGGCAGGCAACAUGAAAGCUUUUCAUCUUAGAUGGGCAUCGUGCACCUUCAUCGCCUUGUCUGUCGUAACAAGGAUCGUUCAUGGCUCGACCUGUACUUCAUCGUACGGUUACAUGGAGAGUGAUACCGGCUCGGAUCGAGACAAGAUGCUUGUUAAUCAUCUAGCAAGAAACAUCACCGGAGUCCGUUCUCCAGGCGAAUGUCUGACGAUAUGCCUACGACAAGGUACCGAGUGUCAGUCCAUCAACUUUGCAUUGAGCCUUCAACUGUGUCACGUCAACGACGCAACCAAAUCCAGUUACGCGAGUGAUUUUGUAUCCAGUGAUGGUUUCAAUUAUUACGAACCUUCGUCAUCCUCACACUGGCUGGAUACUCAAGUAUACUGCAGUGAUGUUGAUGAUACUUGUCACAAUGGAGCAAUCUGUACGGAGUACUGUCAUCCUCCAUGGUUCAGAUGUGAUUGUCCUUCUGACUUCAUGGGAGAACACUGUACACUUUCGGUACAUUAUGAUGGCAUCCCGGCUACAUGCAAGGAUUAUUAUAAUGCUGGCCAUAGCACUAGUGGAGUGUUACAGAUCAACCCAGGUGGAUCAGGAGCCUUCGAUGUUUACUGUGAUAUGGACAAUGAUGGAGGUGGUUGGACUAUAUUCCAGAAACGAUUAGAUGGUUCUGUAGACUUCUACCGGACGUGGUCUGACUAUGUGAAUGGUUUUGGUUCUGUCAGCGGGGAGUACUGGCUGGGACUAGAAAAGAUUUACCGAAUUGCUUCGAGUACGGUAAGCCUCCGGAUAGACCUACAAGACUGGAGCAACAACUGGUAUUACGCGAGAUACUACUUUUACAGCCAUGCCAGCAAUGACCAUUACAGAGGCUAUUUCUGGGGUUACUAUGGGAAUUCCGGUGAUUCUUUAAGCUACCACAAUGGGUAUCAGUUCUCUACCUACGAUGCCGACCAUGAUGCGUGGGGAAGUAAUUGUGCUGCCACCUACCACGGCGCCUAUUGGUACGGGGCAUGUCAUCAUAGUAAUCUUAACGCUUACUACGUGAAUGGAGGUUCAGCAUCUAACUCUGCUGCUACUUCUGCCGCCUGGUACCAUCUUCAUGGGCAUAACUAUGGCCUGAUGCGGAUCGAAAUGAAGGUUCGAAGCUAAGAUGGACCAUGUCAAACUCUCAGCCUCUGCUCAACACCAAGAAAUCAUCGGACCAGUGCGUGCUCUCGUAACAAAACAUAAUCUAUACAUGUAUGUAUAUUCCUUUCCCUCGGGUGCAUUGUUGCGCUUAUUAAAUCACGGAGGUCUCCAUGAUUAGAUAUGAUUAGAUGCAAGUGGGAUCGGCAGUAGUUCUGAGAAGGGAGUAGUCUCUCUACAUAACGAAUUACCCCAAAAUACUUUGUUCACUUGACUUGGACCAUGGAUCUAUUAGAGAUGAACAUUCAUCGGUCAAGUUUAUGCAUGAAUUCACUGACAUGCGACUAUGUAUCAUUGUCCUCUGAAUAAUAUUAUCUUCUUAUUUAGCUACUUUGUUCCUAUACCAGUUCCGCCGUCAAAUUGGCCAUAUGAGUUAAUGUUGUCAUUAGCGAAUUUCCCAUAACAUUUAUCUUGCUUGUUCUGUAAAAAUAUCUACUCCCAACUCCAUGAUAUUAUGAAUUGCCAAAUUGAUAGAAAUAAAAUGGAUAAUGAUAACAAUGAAUUAUUUAUUUAUGUUUUCUUUGAGACAAGGGUGGUCUCUUCAGUACACAAAAACUGUUUUUUCGAGAGAUAGUGAUAGUAAUGACCAUAACGAUAAUGAUGAAAGUAUAUGUAUUGAUAAUAAUAAAAAAAUAACAAUACAUGAGAUUUGUACAGCGCAUAUUCCAUCUUGAUUAGAUGCCCAAAGGCCACUUCAUUUUUUACAGUGUAAUAAUAAUAAUGAUGAUGAUAACACUAAAAAUCAUAAUCGUAAUUAUGAUACCAGUAAUAGCAAUAAUAUUUAUGAUAAUAAUGAUAAUAACAAUAACGAUAUUGACAACAAAGAUAAUUAUGAUGAUCCUACUGCUGCAACUACCACUACUACAACUACUACCAUGACUACUUAAUACUAAUUCUAGUGAUGAUGGUAAUAAUAUUCACAACCAUAAUGAUAACAAUUGUAAUGAAUGAUAAUAAUUUCAAUAAUAAUAACAAAUUAAAUAAUAAUGAUGAUAGAAUUAAUAAUGAAUACUUGUAUGUUUUGAAAAACCUGCAGAACUGUAA